ACACCACGGUGAAAGAAUUCCAACAAAGUUUACCUACAGCCAUCUAUGCGCUAGGGGGUUAAAACCCACAUUGGAAUAAGCUUUUGCUUUUCGGAAGAUUUGGGCACGACUAAACGAAAAAUUGCUAAUUUUUCAUAAUUUCUCAGUGCAAUUGAAUGCUCGUGCUGUACCCUGUUGGCAUCAGGGGAUGCAAAAGAAGCUGAGCAAAAAGUAGUUUUACCUGUAGCCCGAGUUUUGACAUCUCUCCUCCUGUUCACUACAACAUUGCCUGCACAUACUUGAAAGUCCAGUUUCACAAGCAAGAACAAGAGGCUAAAGGGAAGUUCGCUGGAGAAAAUAUGUCACAGGAGACGGACAACAAGCGCCUGGUGGUGGUGGUGCCGAACGAGACGUCCUUCCACUCACGGCGGGCGUACACCAGCGAAGACGAGGCCUGGAAGUCCUACCUGGAGAACCCGCUGACUGCCGCCACCAAGGCCAUGAUGAGCAUCAACGGGGACGAUGACAGCGCCGCUGCCCUCGGUCUGCUCUACGACUACUACAAGGUUCCUAAAGAAAAGAGGCUGUUGCCAAUCGCAAAAAUCCCAGAAGACCAAGAAAAGAGGAGCUGUUUGGUGGCGCCAAAUGGCCAGGCGGAUUUGCAGGUGCUGGACAACCGCGUUCAGGUCCUGAAAACCGUGCCGGUGAACCUGACCCUGAGCGCAGAGCACCUGGACGUCAAGCGGGAGCAGUACGCCGUUGGGCCCGGGUCUGGGGAGGGCGGGGCCGUGGCCGUGGUUAAGGCCGAGGUGUACGCCCCCAUCUUCAUGGGCCCCGGGGUGGACUACAGGACGGAGGAGCAGGUGAGGGUCAUAUACGAACCCGGCCCCUACGAUGUGUCCUCCGUUAGCCAUGACCAGCGCAGCACCCCUGACAGCACCUAUGAGGAUUCUUACCAAGAGAAGCAUGAGAAAUACCGCAUGGCAUCCUCCAUGGCCACCAAUGAGUUCAUGUAUGACCAGCCUGGCAUCAACACCUUCCAGUACACCAUCGAAGCCACUAAAUCCCUGCGCCAGAAACAGGGGGAGGGGCCUAUGACCUACCUGAACAAGGGCCAGUUCUACGGCAUCACUCUGAGCGAGUCAGGUGCUAACAAGUGCCUGAGACACCCUAUCAGCAAAGUGCGGAGUGUUAUCAUGGUGGUGUUCAGUGAGGACAAGAACCGCGAUGAGCAGCUGAAGUACUGGAAGUACUGGCACUCACGCCAGCACACAGCCAAACAGAGGGUUCUGGAUAUCGCUGACUACAAAGAAAGCUUUAACACUAUCGGAAACAUUGAGGAAAUUGCCUACAACGCUGUCUCCUUCACCUGGGAUGUCACUGAAGAGGCGAAGAUCUUCAUCACAGUGAACUGCCUCAGCACGGAUUUCUCCUCUCAGAAGGGCGUGAAGGGCCUGCCUCUCAUGAUCCAGAUCGACACAUACAGCUACAACAACCGCAGCAACAAACCCAUCCAUCGCGCCUACUCCCAGAUCAAGGUCUUCUGCGACAAGGGGGCCGAAAGGAAGAUUCGGGAUGAGGAGCGGAAACAGAACCGCAAGAAAACUAAAGGUCAGCCACGCGCCACACAGGGAAGCCAUGAAAAGGACGGGGGCCUGGCGGGAUUGUCGCUGCCCAGGAAGACGGACGCCACCUUCUUUAAAACCAUGGCAGACCUGGACUCCCAGCCGGUCCUCUUCAUCCCGGACGUCCACUUUGGGAACUUGCAGAGGGCGGGGCAGGUGUUUACCUUCAACACUGAGGAGGUUGACAGGGAUGGGAGCGUGGUGGUGAAGAGGAUGCACAGGCCGUCUGAGGAAGAUUACGCCCCACCCCCUGCCAAGCAGAUUAAAGAGACGAUGCACAAGAGAGUGCUCCUGUACGUGAGGAAGGAAUCUGACGAGGUGUUUGAUGCGUUGAUGCUCAAGUCUCCCACCCUGAAGGGACUAAUUGAAGCAAUAUCAGAAAAAUACAGUGUGCCAAUGGAGAAGACAACUAAAAUCUACAAAAAAUGCAAAAAAGGAAUCCUGGUCAACAUGGACGAUAACAUCAUUGAGCACUACUCAAACGAGGACACCUUCAUCCUGGGUAUUGAGAACUUGGCCGACAUGUACAGAGUCACGCUAACGGAAAUCUGAGGGGGGGUGGAAGGGUCGUGUGUGUGUUUGUGAGUCACGGCUGGGGAGACAUUGAGGAGAAGACCUCUUCCCUGCAGAUGGAGUGGACAGGACCUCUUGUGUAAAUACAAUACAGUCUGUUACUCAUCUAUUUUGCUGGGUCCUUCAAGUGCAGGGAGGAUGAAGCUGCCUUGGGCCACCUGGCAGCAGAUGGAGGACUUUCCCUUCAUCUGAUUGAGGGUUCUUGAUGAAAGGAAGUGACCUUUCGUUCAAAGUAGAUGACAUCACACCAGGAGCUUCCAGUGCAAACCCCCAGAAUUCUCAGGCAAAGUUUUAACUUGGUGAACAGCUGCAUGAAGGUUUGUUUCAAGGGAAGCUUCAUUUAAAGGCCUUUCAGCAGCGACCCUCCGCUGGCAAGCUAUGGGACUUCAUCAGGCUACUGGGAGAACAUGCAAGAGGUGACCUCCAUCUGGGCGACAUUUUGUCUUUAAAUACCUCCUCGUCCCAUCUUCUAGCCUCUGUGUCCUGUUUUUCUUGGCUGACUAGGACCGCAAAAGGUCUCUCUUCAGCAAAUGAGGACAUCAGAAUCCCCUGCAUACCCAGUGUACUGGGCCUCUCCCCACAUCAGUAUGAACUUUAUCUACAGUGGAGGUGGAGUUCAGUGUCAGUGUAAUCAUGGAAAAAAAAGUUCAUCUCAUUUGGUCUAUGAAAUCUAUGGCUGUGUCAGGACAGCAGUGCAGUGGUCCUGAAUUGCAAACCUAUGCUCUCCCUUAUGGCCAAAUACAGUCUCAGUUCCCCUGGACAUAUUUACAGUAAAACUUAAGUACUUUUUUUGUCGAUUAUAUUCGGCUUCUCAUGUUUUACCUGAAGGCGAUUGUCGGUGCUGCCCACUGGUGGUGUUCAAAUGUAGCGAUUUGGGUCUGCUUUGCGAUGUAGGCUUAUGCCAUGGAUGGAUCCAUUCUGUGGGCUCGAGGCUGAUCCAGUCAGCCCAGGCCAAGCCGAUAUACACAGCACACUGAAGUGAAGUCACAGCCGAUACUCUUAAAACCCCUGCACGGUCAGCCGUGUGAUUUGAUCAUCAGUUUCAGAUCAUUUUAUUUAUUCUUGGCUACUCUCAUUUCAUCAAAGCAAGGAGGCGCUGGAAUAAAGGUGUCAAUUAUUUUGUCCAUACUUUUCAAAACUUUGGUCCUAAUGAGUCAGAAAGAAGACCGUUUUAGAAUGUAAUAGCCUAAUACGCAUCGAUGCAUUUUUGAAUUAUUAGCGCCUUUCUGCCCUCUUGAUUAAUUAAGGCUAAUCGAAUGACUCUUCCUUUGGAUGAAAUUGUUUUUUUUUUCCUUCUAAUCAAACGCCUCUGUUGAACUGUAGUUUCAUAAUGGCUGUCAAAGAAAGCAGCAGCAUGAAUUCAGGCAAUGUGAAUAAAUAGCCUCAUUUUCAGCCGUUUGCCAUAUUGAUAGCAUAACCUGCGAAACCUACCCAUGAUGUCUCGUACGGAGUGGUCUUGUAUGGGCACUUCUACAAAGUUUUAUCAUCGUCUUCUUUUGAAUACAACUUGUUUUUGUACAUAUGUCUGUUUUGUUAAGUAAUAAAUGUGAAAUUGUAAAUAAAAUAUUCUGAUGUACA